AUGAAGAGAAGGUUCUACAAAGUUUGCACUUCUCUAAGAGAACAAAGUAAUAUAAGUUAUGCAAAGAUUGCUUCAGCUGCAGGCUUCUCUGAUAUGAAUCUCAUCAUCAUAAAAGCGACGUCGCCGGAUGAUUUACCGGUUCAUGAAAAAUACAUUCAAUAUUUUUUGAAACUCUUUGCAUUAUCUCCAUCUUCAUGUCAUUCAUUUGCUAUAAGCUUCACACGUCGAUUCGGAACUACUCGUAGUUGGAGAGUAGCGUUGAAAUCGUUGAUUCUUCUCCAUCGUCUUCUUCGUUCUGUUCAAGGAAACUCUCCUUUAUGGGCUGAACUGUUAUGGACUCGUUCCAAUGGUUUGAUCUCUCUUUAUCCUUGUCAUUUCAAGGAUGCUACUUCUUCUUCAUCUACUUGUUCGAUUUCCUACACGAACUUUGUGACUUCUUAUGCGCAAUUACUCGACGAAGCUCUUAACUGUGUUGCCUUGGACAGCAAGAAACUUGACAAUCAGAAAUACCAUGAAGAAGAAAAUGACACUUUUCGAGAAAAGAUGAAUGAAAUGGGUGAGAUACUUGAAAUUUUGCCACAGCUUCAAAGUAUUAUUGAUAGGGUGAUAGAUUGUUACCCUAUAGGAGUAGCAACAAGAAGUUUCAUUGUUCAAUCUGCAAUGAAACACAUAAUUCGCGACAGUUUUGUUUGUUACACAAAGUUUAGAGCAGAAAUUGUUGUUGUUUUGGAGAAUCUUUUUGAGAUGUCUUAUAGGAACUGCAUAGCCGCAUUCAACAUAUACAAGAAAUCAGCAGUGCAAACAAAUAAGCUUUGUGAGUUUUACGAGUGGUGUAAAGCGAAAGGAUUGUGUGGUUACUAUGAAUAUCCUUUCUUGGAACCAAUUCCAGGUAUACAAAUCAAAGCUUUGGAAAGUUUUCUGAGUGGCAUGUGGCAGUUGACAGAGUCUAGUUCAUCGUCAAUGUCUGAUCAGGAAUCUAGUUCGAUUUUUACGGAAGAUGAUGGAAGGCAACAAAUAGAAAUGAUCAAAGGUAAUGAAGAGGAGAAGCCUUUGAUUGAUCUAGGAGAAUAUGAAGAUGAUGAUGUUAGUUGGGAGACAGUGUUGGAAUCUUCUGUUAGUUUUUGUCAUGCUUAUCAUCAGAAUGAUUCGUUAGGUUCUAAUAGCUUUGAUGGAAUGUGGGAAACUGCAACAUACAAAUCUCCUGCUGCUGCUUCUAAUCCUUUCAAUCAGGAAAGUUAUGAAUCAAAUUACUAUGGGAGAUUUGCUCACAACCCUGUGUAUCCUUGGGGUCUAUAA